AUGCAUAGCUUGACAAGAGGCCAACAGGCGGUGAAUGAGCUUCACGUGUUUCUACGGGCAAUGAGUGGGGCACAGAGGCAGUGGGCAAAGCGGAUUGCCGCGCAGGAGGCCAAAGUGCGGCGCUUUAUGAUUAUGGAAGACAACUGCCGUAAAAAGCUCCGGAGGAGCGUAUUCCGCUCUACCAAUGACCAACUAAAAUAUUUGGUGAAUACGGAUCUGCUUGGGAGCAUGGAAAUGAAGCUCCCACCGCGUGCCGCAUUCAACGUAUUCUGUAUUCCCACAAGGCAGCUGAGCGGGUUUUCCGUCUUUGCCAUGGCGCGUCUCCACGCUUCCACCGCCUCGCUGUCAGACGUUUCGAAGAUUGGUAUUAUCGCCGAUCUUCUCGGAGCAUGGGAGGUUCUCCCGCCCUCCAAAAAGGAGCGGUACGAGACAUACGCAGAAAGCAUUAGGCGCGACCUCGUCGCAGGUGACGCUACCAACCAUGACCCCCGAAAAUCCUCAACAUCACCCGGUAAAGAGGAAGAUGAUCAUGAUGAUGCCGGCUGGGAAUCUCGUGCAUACCGCUGCUUUCUCCACGAGGGACGGCGACUGCUGGAAGUGUCGGUGGGUCCACUUAAAGAGGCGGAUUGGCUGGCGCUUGCACUGAAGGAGUGGAAUAGUUUAACCUUGCGACAGAAGAAGCGCUACGCUCAGAGAUAG